UAAUAACCGAUAGAAAAUUUCAUAUAUUCUUACUUAAUAACCCGAGGAAAUUAUAGGAAACAUUUGCAUUAUUGUGUAAAAAAUAUUAACUUAAGAAACGUUCCUUAAGAAAAAUCGUUAAUUUUAUUUGAUAUUUUAUUAUUCAUUAUUUUCAUUAUUGCAUAAAAUGUAUUCGCUUACUGAAGGAGCAUUAGACAAAAUUAUGAAUGGUAUCGAUGUUGAUAAACCGGUAUUACAAAUAUUGGGUCAUAAAAAAUUAUCUAGUUCAAGUAGUGGAGAACGUUACAGACUUCUUGUAUCUGAUGGAAAACGAGUAAAUUCAUUCACAAUGUUAGCCACUCAAUUAAAUUCAAUGAUAACGGAUAAUAUAUUAACAGAAUUUUCUAUUUGUCAAAUAAAUAGAUAUGCUAUAAGCAUGGUAAAUAAUGCUGGCAAACAAAAACGAGUAAUGGUGAUAUUAAAUAUUGAUUUGAAAGUUCCUGGUGAUGAAGUUGGACAUAAAAUUGGAAAUCCCACAAAUGCUGAAGCUGAUGGUGAUUCUAAACCACAAGCACAAUCUGUACAAUCUGCACAAUCAGUUCCUCAACAACAGACUAAUUUAAAGUCAAAUCAUAAUAUGCAACAAUCUUCUACUAAUAACAUAUCAACAACACCAAUUGUUGCAUUGAGUCCUUAUCAAAACAGAUGGGUAAUAAAAGCACGAGUUGUUAGUAAGUCUAAUAUCAGAACAUGGAGUAAUUCACGUGGUGAAGGAAAAUUAUUUUCCAUGGAUCUUAUAGAUGAAAGUGGAGAAAUUAGAUGUACAGCAUUCAGAAAUGAAUGUGAUAAAUUCUAUGAUAUGCUUGAGAUUGGGAAAGUGUAUUAUAUUUCCAGAGCAACUUUAAAACCAGCAAAUAAGCAAUUCAACAAUUUGAAAAAUGAUUAUGAGAUGACUUUAAUUGGUGAUUCAGAAAUUAUUCCAUGCCAUGAUAGUGGAGAUGAUAUUCCAUCUCUACAAUUUGAUUUUGUGUCAAUAAAUGACAUAAAUAAAAAGGAACAAAAUGAUAUAAUGGAUAUUCUGGGCAUUGUAAAAAAUUCUGGAGAUUUACAAAUAUUAACAUCACGAAAUUCAGGUAGAGAAUUAAAGAAACGAGACGUCAAUCUAGUUGAUGAAAGUAAUACUAUGGUAACACUUACAUUAUGGGGAUCACAAGCUGAAGAAUUUGAUGGAAGUAGUAAUCCAGUUUUAGCUGUAAAAGGAGCACGUAUUACCGAAUUCAAUGGAGGAAAGAACUUAUCUACUCUUAGUUCAACAGUUCUUCAAAUUGAUCCAGAUCUUCCAGCAGCACAUAGAUUACGAGGUUGGUUUAAUACAAUGGGUCGCAAUGAAGAAGCUACAUCACUUUCGAAACCAUUUGGAAAUACAACUGGAGUAAGUGAAUUAUGGAUAACAUUUCAGGAAGCAAAGGAUAUGGAAUUGGGUUAUAAAAAUUCUGAUAUAUAUACAGUAAAAGCAACUCUUAAUAUGAUACGCAUGGAAAAUGCUAUAUAUAAAGCUUGUCCUUCUGAAAAUUGUAAAAAAAAGUUAGUAGAUCAAGCAAAUGACAUGUAUAGAUGCGAAAAAUGUGAUAAAGAAUAUCCUAACUAUAGAUAUCGUUUACUUGCAAAUAUAAGUUUGGCUGAUUGGACAGAUAACCAAUGGGUCACAGCAUUUAAUGAUGAAGCAGAAAAAAUAUUAAGUAGUACAGCACAAGAAUUAGGAGAAUUAAAAGAAAAUGAUAUUGAUGCUUACUCUGAAAAAUUUAGUGAAGCAACAUUCAAAAGUUUUAUAUUUAAAAUAAGAGUAAAAGUAGAAGUUUUUGGCGAUGAGAAUAGAUUAAGAGCAACAUGUCUUGGUGUAUCUCCAAUGGAUUAUAAAUUAUAUAAUAAUCAUUUAAUAACUCAAAUUAAAGAACUAGUUGGUAUUGGUAAAGCAUAAUGUUAUUUCAUUGUUUAUAAUUUUUUUAGAUAUGUAAUUAUUGUGUAUGUGAAUUUACAAGAAAAUUUUUAUUUUUAAAUAUAUAGGUAUUUUCUUAUAUUAUUAAUUCAUGUA